AUGGCUUCAGAAAGAAGGCAGAAAGAACUGACAUUGACGUUGAUCCGGGUUCUCGGGUGCUCGAUCUCGCUCUUGCUCGAGCUCUAUAAGCGGCGCUACUGCGCAAUCGCUCCUGAUUCUGUAAGCUAUAAAUACUGGAUUUCUCCUCCUUUGACCGUCACGAGCAGCACUUCGAAGCAAGUGGAAGAUCGGAUCUCUACGUCGCCUUCAAACAAAUCUUCAUUCUACCAAUUUUUCAAAAAAGAAAAAGAGGAUGGGAGGAGCGAGGAGCUUUUUCUCCUGCCGAUUUUCCUUGUUGUCGCCAAAGCCGGGAAGCCGAGACUUGUACUCAAGCUCACCGACAGCAGCUGCAUGAAGGGAAACUCCACUGCCUAUGGGCUCAGACGGGGAGAGUACCUCGCCCUCACAAGCAUCGACGAACCGCGGAAAUUCCACCGAAAGUACGUCUUUCCAUUUGCAGACAAAACGACGAUGAGAUUCUUACAACCCCAUUCCAUCAAAUAUCCCAAUGGGAGAAGUAGAAUGAUCGACAUUGAAGGAAUAAAAGAUGUAUUCGAGAAGGGAAUAUCUUUAAAUGAUAACAAACAAAUUUUCAAGUUCGAAUUCGCCAUUGAUAAUUCAAGAAAAAAGACAUAUUAUUUUGACUGGGCGCAAGCUGAAAUCAAGUACAACGACGACAAUACGGUCGUGAAAAAACCCGUGAAAUCCGACUGCCCUCCUCCUUUAUUGAUGAACGAAGAUUGCAAGUGUGUUUGUCCAAAGGGAUAUGUGAGCAAAGAGUGCGCGAAAUUGGACAAGUAA